AUGAGGUCAGCUAGAGAAUGCCUUCUCAUUCUCUUGGUUUCUCUUCUUGUAUUUGGAGUGGUUCGAAUUUGCAAUGCAGAUGGGUUGAGGAAGAACUUCUAUAAGCAGACCUCAUGUCCACAAGCUGAGAAUGUUGUAAGGAACCUUACAAGGAUCAAGGUUCAAGCUAACCCUGCUCUGGCUGCUAAACUGAUUAGAAUGCAGUUCCAUGACUGCUUUGUUAGGGGGUGUGAUGCAUCUAUACUAUUGGAUAGAGUCGGUACUGAUCAGACUGAGAAGGAUGCAAGACCCAAUCUUUCACUCUCAGGUUACGAUGAAAUCAAUGAUAUAAAGUCCAAACUUGAGCAGGCUUGCCCAGGAGUGGUUUCCUGUGCUGAUAUUCUCGCCUUGGCUGCUCGUGAUGCUGUCUCCUUCCCAUCCCGAACCCCCUUGUGGGAUGUUCUUACUGGAAGAAGAGAUGGAAACGUUUCUCUAGCCUCUGAAGUCAAUGGAAACAUACCUUCACCCUUCUCAGACUUCUCCACUCUCAAACAACUAUUCGUCAAGAAAGGUCUUAAUGUCAACGAUCUAGUGGCACUCUCAGGCGCACACACCAUUGGGUUUGCCCACUGCGGCACUUUCUCGAGGAGGCUCUACAACUUCACAGGCAAAGGCGAUGCAGACCCUUCACUGAAUGCAACCUACAUUGAAUCACUCAAGGCACAGUGUCCAAAUCCAGCCAACGCCCAAACAACCGUGGAGAUGGAUCCUCAGAGUUCAGGCUCGUUUGACAGUAGUUAUUUCAAUAUCCUUGUCCAGAAUAAGGGUCUCUUCCAAUCCGAUGCUGCAUUACUCACAGACAAGGCUUCCAGCAAGACAGUGCAACAGCUGCGAAAACCCAGGGCUUUCUUGGACGAGUUUGGUAAGUCCAUGAAGAAGAUGGCGGCUAUAGGAGUGCUUACGGGAAAGGCUGGAGAGAUUAGGAAACAGUGUGGGGUAGUAAAUUAAUAUUAAGUUUGAUUGCUAGAUCUUGAAUCAUUUAAGGUUUAAUGGUACCUUCAUCUGAAGGAUGAUGAAUAAUAUCCAUGUAUUGUAAUUUUUUUAUAUUGUUGAUCAGAAAUAGAAAUAAGUCAUGUCCAUUCUA